AUGUCGUAUCACUAUCAAAUGAGUACUACUAAUAAUGAUUUUUUUGAUUCAACGAAUUAUAUUCCCCAGAUGCAGAUGCAUCAUGGAUACCAAGACUUCUACACUUCUGAUGCCACAUCAUCAAUGAUGACGUCUUCAGCCACGUCCCAAGCUCCAACACAGCAGACGGAAAGUAUAAUUAUGCCUGUACAACAAAAUGGCGGGGGAGAUCAUGUCGGAUAUGGAAGCUGGAGGCAACAUGAUUGGAGUGCAACGUCAUCAUGGGCGAUGGGAACCCAAAUGGAGCAUAUGGGAGCAUCAACUGGGAAUGGAGUUGGUCAUAUGGGAACAAACCAUCAAGCUAAUCAUGGAAGUCUGGGUAACACUCAAUCAAUUAUGCCAUCAACUCAUGUUCCAACUGAUUCCUUUCGACAGAUUCCAUCUUCGAAUUUAUGUUAUAUGGAUCCACCACCGACCAGAAUGUUGUCCAAAAAACCUUCUAAUACAGUACAUCGACCUUUAGCAAGGUCUACUCCGAAACCAUUCAGAUGUAGUACUUGUGGGAAAGCAUUCUCACAGGCAGCCAAUUUAACAGCUCACAAAAGGAUUCAUACAGAAAAACCAUUUAUGUGCCCGGUUUGCCACCGUCCAUUUUCUCAAAGUUCCUCACUGGUCACGCAUCGAAGAACUCAUACUGGCGAACGACCAUAUCCAUGUGCACAAUGUGAGAAAGCAUUCACUGAUAGUUCAACUUUGACAAAACAUUUGAGAACACAUACCGGGCAUAAGCCAUAUGUCUGUUCUAUUUGUAUGAUGAAGUUUACACAGAGCGGGAACCUACAUCGGCACAUGAAAACCCAUAAAUAA